GCUGUUUAAUUCAUGUUGGACACGACCUUGAUUUCUCUGUCUGCUAGGCGAGCCUGUUGGUUAUUGCGACUCGUUCCUUGAGCUGUUUACUGAUGAACAUAUGUCAAUCAGUGAACAUUGGGAAACAAUCACGAGCUGCAGCGCUGGGACUUCUCAUUUAUGAACACAUCAUCACUAUCGAGGACGAGAUUGAUCUGAUCUGGUUGAAGAAGAAAAGUUGGGUGACAUGUCUCUAUCAUUUUAAUCGCUGGCUUCCAGCGGUAUGGCUCACAUUCGACAUGAUACAACAAAACCCAUAUAAUGCGAUAUCAUCCAAAACGUAUGUUCGUGUUACUAAGACACCCAUAAGGUUGACUUCCUCCUCUGGCCUAGUUGCGUCACCUACCUGAUAUGCAACAAUACCAUUGCACUCCUUAUGACCAUUUCCGUUCAAAGUAAGUACACAGCCCAUG